UAGCACUACACAACAGAGCCAACGUGUCUGGCAAGCUAGACAAGUCAUUCAUUAUGGGAAAAAGUAUAUCAGAGAGAAUGGAGGACAUUUCAUGGCCCCUGUUAAAAAAAGGGCAUGUAUAUUGAGAGUAGAUACUCAAAAGCAAUCCCAUCACAACUCCAAAUGCACACACCCACACCACAGAAGCCCCACCCAUAGAGGUGACCAUUCACAAGACAGUAUAUAUGCAUCCGACCUGGAGAUAUUCCCUCCAACAAACACACACAGAUACGCUAACAUACCAACACACCAUCACUUCUCAUACACCCCUCUCCUGGUACUUUGGAUAAUGUACAUGUUUACCACUUCGAUGCUGUACUCUCUACUACUACUACCACUACUACCACUCCUGCAUCCCUCACUAUCAGCACCGGUCUCAGGUUCGGUGCUGGACGGCGGGCAGUGGGAUCCGCGGUCGGCCUCGCGCUGCGUGCCCAUCCCCAGCAACAUGGCCCUGUGCCAGGGCCUGGGCUACGACAGCAUGCGGCUGCCCAACCUGCUGGGCCACGAGACGCCGGGUGAGGCCGUGCACCAGAGCGCCAGCUGGCUGCCCCUCUUGGCCCGCCAGUGCCACCCGCAUGCCCGCAUCUUCCUCUGCUCGCUCUUCGCGCCCGUCUGCCUCGACAGGGUGAUCUCCCCGUGCCGCAGCCUGUGUGAGAGCGUGAGGGACAGCUGUGCCCCCAUCAUGAGCUGCUAUGGCUACCCCUGGCCCCGGAUCCUGCACUGCGACCAGUUCCCCCUCGACCACCUCAUGUGCAUCUCCUCUGUGGCACAGUCCAACAACACUAGCAAUGGACGAUGGGCCAUUCCCCAGGCCAGCUGUAGGGACUGUGAGCUACAGGAGGCCACCUCACCCAAAGAGCUGCUGGAGAUCUUCUGCAGAAGCGACUUUGUGGUGAAGCUUCGCCUGACCAAGCUGAACUCCAGCGUGUCUGCGGUGGCCCAGUUCUCUCUGGGCUCGCGGGUGGAGGUGCUGAAGCACGGCCCGCUGCUGGGCGGGGAGAUGCGGGGGCGCCUGCUGCUCUGGCUGGAGAGGGACGCCACCUGCGUGGGCAACCUGAGCCGGCACCACCCGGACGGCGGCACCUUCCUGCUCACGGGCACGGUAACAGGCAACCGCCUGCUGGUCACCCGGGCCUACAGCUGGUCCAAGCGCCAGCGGCACCUGAACCAGGCGGCACGCAAGUGGAAGAGCCACCGUUGUCGGGGGUAGAGUGGGGAAGAGGAUGGGCGGAGGGAGAUGGGAGGAUUCUGCUCUAGGGUGGCGGGCGGGAGAAGGGGGAGUCUUCUCUUGAAGAGGAUUGAAAUAGUGUUAUGUGUGGUAUACGCAGCUGAUGCAUAGAGGUGGCCAUUCCAUGUUUAGAGAGUCCUGCUACAUAUUUGUUCUAGCCAAUUCACUGAAUUGUGGAUCCUUAGGCGACGUCGACACUUGGUGAAAUCACCUGUUGUUGACAGCACAGCCAGAAGGACUAACUUUUGCAAUCCAGGUUGUCCAUCCUCUGCUGAUAAGGGAUGAGCGUGCGAAAAGACGAAAAUGAAAUACGUAGGUAAGGCCUGCAUUUACCACCCUGCAAUUCUGAGCACUAAACAGUAGAGGCUGCUGUUGCAAUUGGUGUUGCUGCAAACUGAAUAUCACUGAUGUACAUAAUAUUUUCUGUGCCAUUUUGCAUUUUUUUUAAAGAAAGAGUA